GUUCAGGCAUGGCACAAAUUACACUCUUCAAUCUCUCUGUCUGGACUGGGUGGGAUCCGUGAUUUCAACAGAACUAGACUUCACAGCUAUGGAUCCUGACGACAUGGACGAAGAUCAACUGCUUGAUUACGCUAUUCAGAUGAGCAUUCAAGAGUCAUGCCCCAAAUAUUAUUAUCAUCUUUAGAGAGUGAUGAACAUCUGAAGAUCCUAAAGGCUAUUGAUCGAGGUGACAUUCUCGCCCUCCAAGAGCUGUCAGAAUUUCAAGAAGGCUUCAGUGAGGCAGAUGACAGGGGCUGGUACCCUCUGCACAAGGCAGCUGUCCAACCUCUGGUGAAAAUGCUGGAGAUAGUGUUGUGUGCGUCUUUUAGGUUGUCCCUGUAGGAGAAGACAAUGGAGGGAGAAACACUGCUAACUCCAGCAGCUAUGGCUGGUCUGGUGGACAAUGUGAAGAUGAUACUUGAACAUGGAGCGUCUCCCCAUAACACCAACAGCAAGAAAGAAUCCCCUCUACUGCAGGUAAUAGUGAAAGGUAUAAAGUCUGUGUCCUUGGCAUCCUUGUUGUCACAACAAGUAUUAUUGUUGAAAUGACUCCUACCAUAUUGUUCCCCUGAUAUUCAACAGUUGUUGUGAUUUCUCCCGGUCAGCUGUUAGAUUUGGGUUGUAUGAAAUGGCAUCUGCCCUGAUCACGAGAGGAGCCUGUGUGGAGCAGGUCUGUCUGAAGCAGUCGACUGCCCUGCACGAGGCGGCAAAGUUAGGCUACUCUCAUAUCAUGGAGCUGUUGUUUGAACAUGGAGGUCAGGUCUCUGAGAUUGAUCAAGACGGCGUGACUCCAAUGGCCAUUGCAGCAGAGCACGCCCACUCAGAGGUUCUAGAGAUCCUUAUUUACAGUGGUGAGUAGGUAAAAGCACGAUAGCUCCAGUUUGCCCUCUGAUAGGCUAGAGCUUGAUAUAACUUUCAACAUGUUACAUAA